GAGCCUGCCCCUCUCCAUCUCCACCUUGUCUUCUCUGAGGUUAGGGGUUUAUUUUGGGGUAACGUUCCCCAAACACAAACAUCCAUGAGUGCCCACCUGGCAAUGCCCCCCUACCAGCCUUACCCAGCCGGGGUAGGAACUGGAAUAAGGUAUGGCGACUACUAUUGGAACUGCCCAGCGGAGAUGGACAAUGUCCCCCUCAAAGAGGCAGCAGAUGCUGAUGUCCCGGUCCCAGAGCCAGAGGAGAAGACCCUCCAGAAUCCAGAGCUCUCUCCGGCUUCCUCCAGCUCGGGAACACGCAUGCGGUACACCCCGGACUCAGCCACCAGCCCCAACACGGAGCCCCCAUCCCCACACCCUGCGAUCCGGAUGGGUGGGGUGGAAAGCGGGGGAGGGGUGAAGAAGGCCAAGAGCCGCACGGCCUUCUCCCAGGAGCAGCUGCAAACCCUGCACCAGCGGUUCCAGACCCAGAAAUACCUCAGCCCCCAGCAGAUCCGGGAGCUGGGCUCAGCCCUGGGGCUCACUUACAAGCAGGUAAAAACAUGGUUUCAAAACCAACGGAUGAAGUUUAAACGAUGCCAGAAGGAAACUCAGUGGAUGGAAAAAGGGACAUGCCUAUCCCAAGCAGGUUACCUGGAUUUCAACCCCAGUUAUCACCAGGGUUGUCCAGUUAGUGCCAGCAGGAACAUCCAGACUGUGACCAAUGUGCAUCAGAGCUAUGGUGGCAGCCAGACCUAUGGGAGUGGCCAGAGCCUGUAUCCCUUCGUGGCUAUCGAGGAGGAGGGGUUCUUUGGGAAAGCCGGGGGAGCCUGCAGUGCCCAGCAGGCAAUGGGCUUCUUCAGCCAGCAAAAGAUGAACUUUUAUCAUGGCUUCCCGGCGAACAUGGAUUAUGCCAGCAUGGAGACAGAAGAUGGCUACCACUUCCAGAGUGCCUCUGUCAAUGCGCCGUCCUUCCCGGAACCUGAAUAUCUACCAAACAGUGACAAGAGACUGCCCAACCCUCAGGUGGUGCAAAUCAACAUAGCUUCAUUGACAUCACCAUUUGCACCAGCUAAGCAUCUGGACCACCACAGGGUCCGUUUCAUUCUAACUGCUCUCCCUCCACAUCUCCCCUGCUCUACUCUGCUGGCAGGCUCCCAGCUCUACACGACCCUGGCUAUGGCAUCGCAAGUCAUCAGCGCUGUGAGAGCAACUGAUGUCCUCAGGUAUCCGUCUGAUUCUCUUAUAGUAGUAAUAAUAAUAGCUCAUGUAUCUGUACAUGAAGGAUCCCAUAGCACUUCACAAAUUACACAAAAACGGCACCCCUGGAAUGAGGCCACUCUGGGGCGGAGGGUGGCAGCCAGGCAAAAAUAGUCCAGUUAUUUCAAACCUGAUGCUUAGAUCACUUAACCUAGAAAUUAGAGAUGGUGGUUAAGCCCAUUAGAUCCUAUCUAUCCCAUUCUCCCAGGGCCAGUGCAGGAUUGCUCCCUACUGUUUCUUCUCCAAUUCUAGUUUUAAGUGACUCUGUUAAUGGGGCUUCCCUCACUUUCCUUGGGGAGACAUUGCCACAAGCUAAUUAGAUUACUUAUCUAUUUCUUUGUUUAAAGUGGGACAGUGUCAGCUUCUCCUGGACUCAGUGUUUAAGCAUGGGGGGGGCGGGGAGUGUGGAGUGAGAGGUGGGAAUUAAAAAAACCAAACCCCAACUUGGUAUAAAUACAAUUGUUUUCAUAAUGUCUUUUAAAUUUCAAUAAAAACAGGUUUUAAAAAAAUCAAUUGUCCCUUGCAGUGCUGUGGAACUUAAGGUCAUGCACAACUUGCAACUUGUAAAACUGACUCAAAAAAGGAAGUGAAACGGACUAGUUCCACUGUCCCAAGCCAAGUGCAAAAAGUAAACAAACAGCAUCAAUAGUGAAAAAUGAAUUACAUGUUAAAGAUUUGUUUAGUUUGAUAGCAGGUGGUGUUGGUAGUUUAUGUAGUAGUUUUUGUUGUUAAUGUAUGAUUUUUAUCUCAAUGCUAUCUUAACAUCUGCACAAAGGACUUUGUCCUACUUACAUUUUUAAUGCAAAGCAGAUAAAUGUUUACUAUCAUGGAUUUCUGGGUAUAUUAUUUUUCCCAUUUAUGUUUUUAAAAAAAGACUUUUUUCUUGCAAUGAAAUUUAACUUGUGUUUUACGCUCUGUUUUAUCACUUUUUUUUGUUUCUACCUAAUGUUUUUAUAAACUCGUGUUUUAUAUUUGAAUGGAAAAAUAAACUGGAUUUAUUUUAA